CACGUGCGGAUAGAAAUGAAACCAACACAGAGGGAUUAUUAUUUUAUUUUGUUUUAUUUUUUGUACAGAUUCCUUGUACAAGAAAUUGUUGGUUAUUGUAAACUGCAGAAAUGACAGAAAUAAGUGAUUCUGUGAGUGAGAGACGAGCAGAGCUGCUGAGUCUCUCUGUCACUGGACAGUGGACAACACUGGAAGAAAUAUUAAAUGGUUUAGAAAAGGGAGAGCCUGAAAUCUCCCAGGUGGAUGAGGACACAGGCUUAAGCCUUCUGAUGGUUGCUGUACGUGAGAACCGUCUCUCUAUAGUAGAGAAAUUGCUGCAGCUGGAAGUGAAUACUGAAGAAAAGACUAGGGAUGGCCAGACUGCACUGCACAUUGCUGCUGCCUGUUCCAAAGAAGACAUUGUGGAGCUCCUAGCAAGAAACACAGAUCCAAACACUCCAGGAGGGCCCAAGGCUCAGCUGCCGCUGCAUUAUGCUGCCUCUCGAACUGAUGGUUCCCUCAGUGUGGUGCAGACUCUGCUCAGAGUCUCCAAAAAAGAUGCGCGUCUUACACCAGACAAGGAUGGCUAUAUUCCACUGCUGCUGGCUGUCAAAGCUGGGAAUAUUGGAAUUGUUAAGGAGCUUCUUUUAGAGCUUACAGAGUCACAGCUGCAAGCCCAGACACAAGGAAAUGGAGACAUGGCUCUGCAUAUCUGCUGCCGACGGAGGGACAUUGAAAUGGCCAAAUUGCUGGUGGAGUUCAAUGCAAACCUUGAUUGCCAAAAUGAUGAAGGUCAGACUCCUCUUCACAUAGCAGCCCAGGAAGGUGAUCGGGCAAUGGUGAAGUUUUUCUACUAUAAGUUAGCAAAUCCCAACAUCACAGACAAGAUGGAUAGAUAUCCCCUACACGUUGCAGGUGAACAAGGCCACACCAAUGUGAUUGAAAUCUUAAGCGAGAGUUUCAAGUCUGACGUGUUGGAAAGAACCAAAGAUGGGAGUACAUUACUGCAUAUUGCUUCUCAGAAUGGCCACCCCAAGACAGUGCUGGCAUUCAUAAAUAAAGGAGUACCUUUACACAUGCCAAACAAGUACGGUGCAAUGUGUUUGCAUGAGGCGGCAAAAUGUGGUCACGCAGCUGUUGUGGAAGUCCUACUGAUGAAGGGGGCACACAUAGAUGCCACCACUAAAGAGGGCCUGACAGCACUCCACAUCGCAGCACAGAACUGCAGGCCUCAGGUGGUGCAGAUGUUACUGGGCUUGGGUGCACAGGUGGAACUCAAAGCAGGGAAGGACAUGGAGACGCCUCUACAUAUAGCAGCCAGGGUGGAGAGGGGUGAGAUGGUUGCAGAGAUGCUCCUAAAGAGUGGUGCAGAGGUCAACACAGAGCAGGAGAAUGGUGAGACUGCGAUGCAUAUCGCGGCACGUCAUGGAAAUCUGCAGAUAAUGAGACUUUUAGUAGAAGAGGGAGCUCAUCUUACCUGGAGAUCCAAGGCAGGAGAGACCCCGCUUCAUGUGGCAGUACGUCACUGCCAUGCUCAUAUGGUGGAGGAGAUAUUAAACUCUUUGACCUGCAAAAGGAGUCGAGAGGAGGCAGAACUCUGUGUCUGUAAAGAGAACCAGAAAGGAGACACUUCCCUGCACCUGGCAGCUGAGAUCGAGAAGAACAUUGUGCACAAAGAUGACGAGGAUGUCCUCAUUAUCAGAACUCUGAUGGGGUAUAGUGCUAACAUUGAAGCAGCUAACAGGCAGACGGGAGAAACUCCGAUCCAUUACUGUGCCCGAGCUGGCAAUGUUGAAGUGCUGCAGGAAAUGCUCAGUAAUGUAACCAGCCAAUUCCUACAUAUAGCCAUCAACAAGCAGGACAAGACUGGCAGGUCUGCGUUGCUGUUGGCGGCUCAGCAGGGACACACACCGGUAGUGAAACUGCUGCUUGAGAAUAAUGCCAGAGUGGAUGUGUUUGAUGAGGAAGGAAAGUCUGCUCUCCACCUGGCUGCUGAACAGGGGCACAAAGAAAUUGCUGACAUCCUGCUCUCCAAUAAUGCCUUUGUGCAUGCAAAAACCAAACUGGCCCUGACUCCACUUCACCUGAGUGCCCAGAUUGGUUCAGUCCAUCUCGUCGAACUGCUGAUAAAGACUUACAAGGCCUCCACUGAUGCCCUCUCUUUGAGUAAACAGACUCCUCUGCACUUGGCUGCCAUCAGUGGACAAUUAGACGUCUGUAACAGUUUGUUAAACCUUGGAGCUGACAUUACUGCCACAGAUAUUGAUGAACAAACUCCUCUUCACCUGGCUGCAGAGCAUGACCAUUCUGAAGUAGUGAAGCUGUUUUUGAAGCAGAGGCCAGAAUUAGCCACACAGCCCAAUAAACAGGGGGGCACAUGCAUUAGCAUCGCCGCAGCUAAGGGCAGCUUGAGCGUCAUCCAAGAACUGCUCAUGUUCUACCAAGGAAGUCUCCCCAAACUGCACAAAAAGGUUAACGGCUCAUCUCCUCUGCACUUGGCUACUACUGGGGGUUAUGACGAGGUUGUUUUCGCUCUUAUGGAGGCUGGGGCUUCAGCUACAGAGGAAGACUUAGAGGGAAUGACUGCUAUCCAUCUUGCUGCUCGGCAUGGACACCUAAAAAUCCUGGAGGACCUGAAAGGAAGUGUACCUCUGAUGAUCAACAGCUCCAAGACAGGAGAAACAGCCCUGCAUGUGGCAGCCUCCUCUGGACAAGUGGACAUUGUGAGGGAAAUUCUGACUGAAGUGCCAGCCACAGUCUGCAGUCAGCGACCCAACACAGAUGUCACAAGGAAAGGCAAAGAAAUUGAGUUUGGUUACACACCUCUGCACUUAGCAGCUAAGUCAGGACAUGAGAAUAUGGUGCGCUUGUUGCUGAACUCACCUCAAGUCCAGACUGAGGCUAGGACAAGCAUAAAGUAUUCUACCCCACUGCAUCUGGCAGCUGAGAGUGGUCACACAGCUGUGGUCGGGCUGCUGCUUAACAAAUCCAGUUCUCUACUGAAUGAGACGGAUAAGCAGGGACGCACUUGCCUUCACCUGGCAUCUGACGGUGGACACAUAGCAACAGUGAAGGUCCUGCUGUGCCAAGGUGCCGACAUUAACCACAAGGACAAGGAUGGCCUGACCGCCCUGCAUUAUGCAGCUAAAGCUGGUUGGCUGGAGGUGGUGAAAUUCAUGGUGGAGCGCGGUGCACUGGUGCAGGCUGAGUGUGCCAAGGGCCGUACAGCAGUACAGUAUGCCGCAGAGCUGAACCACCUGACCAUCCUCAGCUUCCUGCUCCGGCAACCAGGCAACAACACAUUAAAGCUGCUGGAGGACAAGGAGUUUGUCUUUGAUUUGAUGGUAUGCGGGAAACUAAAUGCUAACAUUACCUUGGAAGAGCUGGUGCUAUAUUCAGGAGCUCCUCUGGCUACAGCUGUGCGUCUAUCCCGGGCUUUAAGCUUGGCCUCACUAAGGAAGAAAGUGCACACUCAUGACCUGAAGGAGGCUGCAGAUCACUGUGAGAGUAUGGCCUCCACCCUCUUAAAUCUGGCAUCCACUGCUAAAGGUCUGAAUGCUGGAAUGGUGCUCAAGGCAGUUGACCACCAGGGGGCCAGCAUGCUGGACUGUCUGAUAGAAGGGAAGCAAAAACAUGUGGUGUCAAUUCCUGCAGUGCAGAUGUACCUGACAGAGAUUUGGUAUGACAAUCAGCAGAGGAAGUCAUGGCAGAUCUUGCUGCUGUUCUUCUGUAUGCUGAUUUGUCCUUUUCUCUGGCUGGCCCUCUCACUUCCAAAGAAAAACAGUACAUUCAACAGAAUUCCUAUUGUGAAGUUCAUGAGUUAUCUGGUGUCCCACAUCUUUCUCCUGACCUUCAUCAUCCUCACCAUUGUCUACCCAUAUAUGAAAUCAUCCGAUAUGGAUCAGUUAAUUCCAGGAUGGUAUGAGUGGCUUUUGCUGAUUUGGCUGUGUGGGAUGCUGGUAUCUGAGCUCAGACAGAGAGCUAAGCGCUCAGGUUUUGCUUGGAACAGGGUCCUUCUCUUGUUCUUCUCUGCAGCUGCUUUCUUCAGUCAUCUGUUAGCUGGUAUGUUGUUGCCUCAGGAUCCCUCACACUGCCUGUUCACCUGCAACAUCCUACUGUCAGUUGCAGUGACACUGGGGAUUAUUCAGCUAUUAGAGUUCCUAAUGUUCCACCACUUGUUUGGGCCAUGGGCCAUCAUUAUCAAAAAUCUGAUGAAGGAUCUGUGCCGCUUCACUGUCAUCCUUCUGCUCUUCCUAAUGGCUUUCUCGCUGAGUUUUUCAGCUGUCUCCCAACCUGUGUCUUCAAAAACACAAAAUGAUUCACUGAACUUUGUCAGUAAAAAUGCCAGUGAGACACAGACAAACCCCCUGAAUAUCUCUGUUUUGCUCUUUUUCACUCUCUUUGGCUUAAUUGAUAGAAAGGAAUUAACAAAUUUAAAGCCGACACAAAGUGGCUUGAUUAACCUGGUCUUUGGAAUCUAUCUGGUAGUAACAGUGAUCGUGCUGCUCAACCUGCUCAUUGCAAUGAUGAGCAACACCUACCAACGCAUCCAGGAUCAGUCGGACACUGAAUGGAAGUUUGGUCGUGCUAUCCUCAUCAGAGACAUAAGCUGCAAGUCUGAGUCUCCACCUCCAUUCAAUCUGUUUACUGACCUCUUCUUCUUUGUCAAGUCCUGUUGCAAACGUGGAGGAAAGCUAUGCUCAUUGAAGAGGCAGGAUCAAGUAAGGAUUGUAGAGGAAGCAGAAGAUUUGCCAGAAAUCCAUUCUCGGACCAGAGGAAACCAAAGAACACAGACCUUCUCUGAGGAUCCCCUCUCUUGGAUGCCCCAAACAGGAGAAACCAAACGUAUAGAGAGUGUGACUGACUGGACAAAGGUGGUACAACAUUUUCUAGCGCUACGUAAAGAAAAUGACAACGCACCACCCAAAACAGACAGCUCCCUUGAGUAAUCAGUAAUCAAUCAACUUUGCUCAGACUUUUAUCCUUAACCAGUAUUUUUACAUUCACUAAACACAAACCACUGCCACACAUUCGCACUGCUAAUGAUUCAAUUAAAUGUUUCUAAAAGUAUUCUAUAUUUGUUUUUGUUCUUAUCAUGAAUCUGUAGACACUGACAUUGUAUUACUGACUGAGGUUAUUAAAUACACUGGAUGAAAAAACUGAAUGAUACAUUUAUACAUCAAAAAAUGUAUAUUUUACCAAUUUUUGGUUCAAGUUUCUCAAUUUAUUCUUCAGGAUUGUUAAAUAUAAAAACAAACAAAUACCUUUCUUUAUCAGUUUAAAUUCUAUUUCAAUCUAUUCUUAUUUCUGUAAGAAUAUCAUACUUGUCAUAUAAUGCCUUUUCAAAUGCUGUUUCAAACUCUAUGGACAAUAAACCACAGUAUAUUAAAAUCUAUCACACUUUUAAAAAGCAGCCCUGGGGUGUCUGUAAUCUUCAAUCUUCCUGUCCUGUUCCUCUGUCAUGUAUUUUAACCCUGCUUAUACGAGAUGGAGUGAGACUAAACAGGUGUCUGCAAGUGUCCUAAAUCUUGCCUUAACAUAUAAGAUUUCCUACAGUCUUAUCCAUGCUCUCAGGCCCCUCCACAGGACAUGCUUUUUUGAUGAAAGCUGAAUGAAAACACAAUGUUCUCAGCUCCUUCAGUGAUUAAUGGGACAAAUGCUAAAACAUUUCAUAAGUUCAGGCACUCUGUGGAAUAUAACUCUGGACAGGGAGGUGAGGAGCUGGUGUAAACACUGAUUAUAAGACUGCAUUUUUCACUUUUAUGAGAAAUAAUCUUCCUUUUUUUAAUUGCAAAGUAAGUGUGAUAUAACCAUCUUUUCUUUUGUAUAUUAAAUGUAUGUUUAAAUAAAGUAAUU